AAGCAUGUAACACACCCGAUACCACUAUCUCCGAAUCAGGAGCAUAAGCUAUGUGUGAAGAUGCUUUCCAUACACUAUUUGUUUUUCUUAUUUCUAUAUAAUUAAUUAUGCCCUCUUAUCCCUCCAUUCCUUGAUUCUCUCUCUCACAAAUGGAAGCAAAAUUGGUUGCACAGUGCAAUAGUCCAACACUAACUUUAGCUCACUGGAAACCAAAACAACCUUGUGUGGUUGGAGUGCUGGCAAGGCCUGCUGAUGACAUUUCAGGAGAAGCAAGAAAAACUAAUCAUGUGUACAAAGAUGGCUUGUUUGAUCGCAUAGCCAUAAACUAUUUAUCAAAAUGCGUUCAAGAGGCAACAGGACUCAAAAAUAGUAAGAGUGGUUAUGAGAGCCUGGUAGAGGCAGCUACCCUGGCUUCGCAGAGAUUUAGUCCUAUUGAACAGCAUCAACUUGUCAUUCAAUCCCUUGACAGAGCCUUUCCCAAGCCAAUGCUUUUACUGAUAAGGACACUGCUACCACCCUCUAAAUUCGCAAGGAAAUUGUUUGCCAUCUUCACCACUUUGUUCUUUGCUUGGUUAGUCGGGCCCUCUGAGUUUCACCAUGUGAAGGUGAGAGAAUCAGAGGUGGAGGGGAGAAGAGAAAGAAAUGUAGUCCACAUAAAAAAGUGCAGGUUCUUAGAAGAGACAAAUUGUGUAGGAAUGUGUAUCAAUCUUUGCAAACUCCCAUCUCAAUCGUUUAUAAAAGAUUCUCUGGGUAUGUCAGUCAACAUGGUUCCUAAUUUUGAUGACAUGAGUUGUGAGAUGAUAUUUGGCGAGGAUCCCCCAGAAUCAACUGAUGAUCCAGCACUGAAUCAACCGUGUUUUAAACUAUGCAAGGCAAAAAGAAGCCAUGGAACCAAUUGCCUCGUUAUAAAUUAAUGCAGCAGGGUUUGAGGUCAGCAAGGAAGAAACAAUAAUGGCCCACCUUUCAUAUGCUGACAAAGCUGAGACUCAUCACGCAUCAUUUUUUUAUCUCAUUAUUAUUAGGAAAACAGCUAAGUGGUCCAAUGCACUUUAAGCCAUUAACGUCUCAUGUGCAAGUGGAUUUCUGUCAUUUCAUUCAACAGUUAGAAAGUUACUAAUUGGCGCUCUAGUGUGUAGAACUAGAAGUAGAGAAAGUGGACACUGGAAUUUUUAUAUAUAUAGUAUACUGUUCUUUCCAAUGCCACUUUCCUCCUCCCUUUUUUAUUCUUAUUUCACAUAUUGUUAUAGUACAGAAUAUAUAAUGGUUACCAUAAAUAAAUGACUAUUGAUUAUUUUAA